GAACUUCUGAUUCACAUUACGCAACACAUAACCUCACUUCCCAAACCCAACACAAAUAUCUCAUGUUUUAAGAAAUAAAAUGAUGAAUAUUUCUAAAGUAGCCUUACGCACGAGGGUGUCUCGAGUUCAACUAACCUCAAAAUUGGCCGGUUUUGCAACCACCACUGACGAAAAAAUCGAAAUCCCAAAACGCAUCCCCCGUGGUCCUACUGACAUUCUCCGUGCGUUGGAGAGCACAGUUGGAAGGGACCCAACAGCUGGCCAUUACAAAUACCAUGAUGACCCAUAUCUGAUUCCAUUGUCGAACAGUGGAAAACGCAUUUUUGCGUUGUCUCAAGAGGCCGGUCGUAAAGCGGCUCAUUGGAUAAGGCGCGAACAUGCCGAUUUGUUUCAACACAAAGAAGCAGAUCCCAUGAUUGAGGCCUUUGUGCCCCCGAUGGUCUAUAGUGAAAACAGCGAAGUUGCUGUUAGUGAUCUCCAGAAACUUAUAAAAACAGCUCAAGUGAGUGAUGCCGUUAUGGUUUAUAAGUUACUGAAAGAAAAAGGGGCUGAGGUCACCCCUGAGUUAGAACAAGGAUUGCUGGAGUUGGUUUGUUACCAGAAUUGCGAGGAUGGUCUUUCUGAUGAGUUUAUCGAGGAAAAGUGGUUCAAACAGUCGAAUAAGGGUAAGGAGAAGUUGAGGAAAACGUGGAAGGAUGGCGAUUUUGCUGAACAACUUUUUAUGGACUUGCCCAAUAAAACCCCCGAAGCUUACUGCGCCAUAAUCCAGGGAAUGGCUAAGUACUAUCAAGUAGAUAGGGCCAUGCAAUUGUUUGAGGAAUCUCAACAAAACAAGAUUCCUCUCAAUACUAACACUUACAAUUCUUUAAUUUCUGUCGUCAAUAUUAUGAAAGAAAGUUUUGAUUUGAGAUGGUCUCUUGUCGUACAAUUUCUCAACCAAAUGAAAGAUGCUAAACUCAAACCGAACUUGGGGACACUAAAUUCAAUACUUGGCUCACUUAGUACAAUGGGUCCUCCAGUGGGAGCAAAAAAAUUCGCCCUUAUGACAUUGUCUCAGUUUAAAGAAUUGGGAAUUGAACCUUCGUUGGGGUCGUGGAGUUUUGUUUUAAAUACUUUCUAUAGAGACAGGGGACCAGUGAGUACAAUUUUGCACGAUAUACUUAAUUUAGUAGAGAAUAAAGAACAUCAAAUUCGGGAUUUGAAAGACAUUAAUUUUUUUGUAACGGCAAUGGAAGUAUGUCGGUACUCCUUAAAUGACGUCUCUUUGGGUAAACGCAUCGAUCGUCUAUUACAUCAUGGCGAAAAUUAUAACUUAAUAGGGGAUUCAUACAAAGAAUCGGUUUACUAUCGUCACUAUUUUGCUCUUCUUUGCGCUAAUCUCCCAAUCGAAGAGUUCAUGAAUGACGUUUACUACAAACUCGUACCUCACAUUUACGUACCCGAACCCGCGAUAAUGGCUGAAGUACUCAACCAAGUCGACGUGAAUGGUGCCAUCGAAUACUUACCAAAACUAUGGUCAGACUUGGUCAUUUUCGAUCACUCACAUCGUGAAAAUCUUAUUGAAAUGGUUCUAAAUGCGAUGACAAAUAACGAGGAACUUCUCACUCCUGAUUUAAAUGAAAAAUUCGCCAAUGUCGGGUGGGACAUUUAUUCUAGGUUUGACGAUCCAGAGAAUUAUAAAAAUAGUAAAAUGAAGGCAGCAUUGACGGGGGAUUUGUUAGGAAAAGUUUUACUAUUAUUAGCGAGGAAUAAAGAGUUCGAGAAAGCGUGUACUGUCAUGGAAAAGUUAGACAAGAAUCAGCAAAGUAUUGCAGGAGUGCCGAAAGUUGAAGCGUUAGAUAAGUUUGUUGAUUUGUGUAUAGAGGAGAAAGCACCUUCACGAGCUAUAGCUUGUAUUCAAUAUUGUGUCGACUGUGGGUUUGAGGAGGCUAACGCUAUGGCAGUCAGACUUCACAAAAAACUCAAUUUGGACGAAGUUUUUCUCGACAGGCUAACAAAAAUCGUGGGAGACAUCUCACUAGUUAGUGCUAAAGGCUCUGUAUAAGUUUUUUUAAUAAAAAAUAUUGUUUAACAACUA